AUGUGCCUCCCGGAUUUCCUACCGGUGCAUCCGGGACGGACGUCGCCGGAACCGGAGCAUCAAGAUGAACAGAUGCAACAGAUCAUGGCCGAGUUGGAACGGACCAGAAGCGAGCUAUUCGCGGAGAGGUCUCGUCGGUGUCGCGUGGAGGAGGAGUUGGCGCUGGCGCGCGCGGCCGCCGCGCAGCUCCGCGCCGACGCGCACGUACUCGCGCAGCGACGCGCGCACGAACUCGACCGCGCCGGACCGGCCAGUGAGCCUGCCAGUCGGACGACAGACUCGGAAGCCACUAUAGCUAGAUUGAAGAAUCAAAUUAAGAAAUUAAAGGAGGAGCUGUCAGCGAGCGAGUCGGAGGCGCGGUCCCUGCGCGGCACGCAGGCGGGCGCCGCCGCCGCGCUGCGCCGCGCCACCGGACUCGCGGAGACCUCGCUACGAGAGCUCCUGUCCGGACUAGACCAGCUAAAGACACUCAGUUCUUCCCUGGACCCGACAUGA